AGGAGAUGACUAGAGACUGCGGACAUAGUACAGGAGAUGACCAGAGACUGCGGACAUAGUACAGGGAUGACCAGAGACUGCGGACACAGUACAGGAGAUGACCAGAGACUGCGGACAUAGUACAGGAGAUGACCAGAGACUGCGGACAUAGUACAGGAGAUGACCAGAGACUGCGGACAUAGUACAGGAGAUGACCAGAGACUGCGGGACACAGUACAGGAGAUGACCAGAGACUGCAGACACAGUACAGGGAUGACCAGAGACUGCGGACAUAGUACAGGAGAUGACCAGAGACUGCGGACAGUACAGGAGAUGACCAGAGACUGCGGACACAGUACAGGAGAUGACCAGAGACUGCGGACACAGUACAGGGGAUGACCAGAGACUGCGGACACAGUACAGGAGAUGACCAGAGACUGCGGACAUAGUACAGGAGAUGACCAGAGACUGCGGACAUAGUACAGG